GCCCGCUGCGGGCCGCCCCGGCCCGGGCAUGAGCCAGCUCCGGGCGGCUGCUGCCAGGGGGCUCCGGCGGAGCCGCGCGGCGCCGUCCCCGGGGAAGAGCCGGACGGGCGCCGCGCCGCGCGGAGGGGGUCCUGCUCCAGCGCCCGCUCAGCCUUCUGCGCCGCAUCUCUUCAGUGAUGCAGCCGAGAUUGAGGCCGUGCGCAGGAACCUGCUCGCUUGGUAUGACAAAUGCAAGCGGGACCUUCCCUGGCGGACACUGGCUGCAAGUGAGCCAGAUGUUGACAGACGGGCAUACGCAGUGUGGGUGUCUGAGAUCAUGCUGCAGCAGACACAGGUGGCUACGGUGAUCGACUAUUACAACCGCUGGAUGCAGAAAUGGCCAACACUGCAGGCUCUGGCAGAAGCAUCCCUGGAGGAGGUGAACGAGCUGUGGGCAGGACUCGGCUACUACUCACGAGGGAAGCGUCUGCAGGAGGCAGCGAGGAAGGUCGUGUCCCAGCUGGCUGGCAGGAUGCCCAGGACGGCUGAGGACCUGCAGAAGCUGCUGCCAGGAGUGGGCAGAUACACAGCGGGAGCCAUCGCUUCCAUCUCAUACGGCCAGGCCACAGGUGUUGUGGAUGGGAACGUGAUCCGCGUCCUGUGCCGCCUGCGGUGCAUCGGUGCUGACUCCAGCAGCCCGGCAGUUGUCAACCGGCUCUGGGACAUGGCCAAUGCCCUGGUAGACAGGAGCCGCCCGGGGGAUUUUAACCAAGCCCUGAUGGAGCUGGGGGCUACUGUGUGCGUGCCCAAGGCCCCGUUGUGCGACAAGUGCCCUGUGAAGCAGCACUGCCGAGCACGGCGCAGGGUGGAGAAGGAGUUGGGCCUCGCCUCCCAGAGGCUGCUUGGGACCUGCGCCCCAGUGCCUGAUGUCGAGGACUGUCGAGUUGGGGGCUGUUCCUUGUGCCCUCCAGCCACGGAGCCAUGGGACAGCAGCCUAGGGGUGACCAACUUCCCCCGGAAAGCAGCAAAGAAGCAGCCGCGGGUGGCGCGGAUGGCCACAUGCGUGCUGGAGCGGAGGGACCACCGCGGGGCUCUGGAGUACCUCAUCGUGCAGAGGCCCAGUUCGGGGCUCCUGGCUGGGCUGUGGGAGUUCCCCAGCCUCCCGCUGGCUCUGGGCCUGCAGGAGGAGGAGCAGAGGGAGGUGCUGGCGGAUCAUCUGCAGGCCUGGACAGGGCAGCGUGUCGCAGCAGGAGGCCUGCACUAUGUUGGAGAGGUCAUCCACAUCUUCUCUCACAUCCACCAGACGUAUGUGGUCUACUCCCUACCUGUAAAUGGAGAUGUGACACUAGACCCUGAAUUGUCUCCAUCUCGCUGGGUGACAGAGGAGGAGUUCUGUACCUCUGCUGUGUCCACAGCCAUGAAGAAGGUGCUGAAAGCGUAUGGGAAGCAGCGUGGGGAGCAGAACAGCUUUUGCAAGGGCUCCAAGAGGAAGCGGCAGGCAAAGCCAGGGGGAGCUGGUAGCUGCUCCACUGGGACGCAGCUCUCCCUCCACGCCUUCCUCCGAGCACCGAGCCCCCAGUGAUGGCAUCUUUGGCUGCUGAGACUGCCGGAGAGCUGCACUGUGCCCCACAGUCAUCAGUACAGACCUCCGGCUUCACUGGCUCAGCUGUGGAAACAUGCCUGCUUUCCCAGGGGGCCUCUAAAUGGCCAAUGUGGGUCCUGAGGUCAACGUUAUGCAGAACCGGGCUCUCGUCUCCUACUCAGCUUGCAGGAGAGAGUGUGACUGCUGAGUAUUGCUGGUGCCCUGGCUUAGGUUUUCAGCCCACUAUGGCCACUGCUUCUGACACUGCUGCCUGGCGGUAGCAGGGGUCUCUCUGGUGGUGGGGAGGAUGCCACCAGAGCCGCCACUGCCCUGUUUCCUCUAGGAGCUGUCUUCCCAGGUGCUGAAGAUCUGGGUGCUUCCCUGCAGCUCGGCUCCCAGACGGCAACUGGAGAUGCUGCUAUACCCAUCACGGGCUCCAAAGGCCCUUUUUAUACUUGCUUUUAUUGAAUCAGAGCCACAGGCUUUCUAAUAAAUCUCCUAAAGCUUUUCUUAA